GCCCCGCCCCGCCCCGCCGCCCGGCCGGAAGGGCCCAACGCGCCGCAGCCCGAGUCGCGGGGCUAGUCCGGGCUCGGCGGCUCCGGGCGCUGUUGCCAUGGCGUCGGCUGCCGCGAUGACGAGGUGGCGGCUGCUGCUGGUGCUGAGCGCCGCGGCGCCGGGGACCACUGGCGCCCCGCAGCCGCCAAACAUCCUGCUCCUGCUCAUGGACGACAUGGGGUGGGGUGACCUGGGGAUAUAUGGAGAACCUUCCAGAGAGACCCCAAAUUUGGACCAGAUGGCUAAGGAAGGGAUGCUUUUCCCUAACUUCUACGCAGCCAACCCCCUGUGCUCACCCUCGAGGGCGGCACUGCUCACCGGACGCCUGCCCAUCCGCAGUGGCUUCUACACCACCAACCAGCACGCCAGAAACGCCUACACGCCACAGGAGAUCGUGGGCGGCAUCCCAGACACGGAGCACCUCCUGCCCGAGCUGCUGAAGGAGGCCGGCUACGCCACCAAGAUCGUGGGCAAGUGGCAUCUGGGCCACAGGCCUCAGUUCCACCCCUUGAAGCACGGAUUUGACGAAUGGUUCGGAUCCCCCAACUGUCACUUUGGACCUUAUGACAACAGGGACAGGCCCAACAUUCCUGUGUACAGGGACUGGGAGAUGGUCGGCAGAUUUUAUGAAGAAUUUCCAAUUAAUCUGAAGACAGGAGAAGCCAACCUCACCCAGAUCUACCUACAGGAGGCCCUGGACUUCAUUAAGAGGCAGUGGGCAGCUCAGCGCCCUUUCUUUCUCUACUGGGCCAUUGAUGCCACACACGCACCCAUCUAUGCUUCUAAGCCCUUCUUGGACACCAGCCGGCGAGGGCGGUACGGGGACGCCAUCCGGGAGAUCGAUGACAGCGUCGGGAAAAUCCUGAGCCUUCUCCGGGACCUGAGGAUCGCGGAGAGCACACUUGUCUUCUUCACUUCCGAUAAUGGCGCUGCCCUCAUCUCUGCUCCCAAACAAGGUGGCAGCAAUGGCCCCUUCCUGUGCGGGAAGCAGACCACAUUUGAAGGUGGGAUGAGGGAGCCUGCGAUCGCUUGGUGGCCUGGGCACAUCCCUGCAGGCCAGGUGAGCCACCAGCUGGGCAGCUUGAUGGACCUCUUCACCACCGGCCUGUCCCUCGCAGGCCUGAAGCCACCUGGUGACAGGGUGAUUGACGGCCUCGACCUCCUCCCAGCCAUGCUGCAGGGCCGGCUGAUGGACAGGCCCAUAUUCUAUUACCGAGGCAACACGCUGAUGGCGGUCACCCUCGGCCAGUACAAGGCCCACUUCUGGACCUGGACCAACUCCUGGGAGGAAUUCAGACAGGGCGUCGAUUUCUGCCCCGGGCAGAACAUCUCGGGCGUCACCACCCACACGCAGGAAGAGCACACGGAGCUGCCCCUGAUCUUCCACCUGGGACGAGACCCUGGGGAGAGGUACCCCCUCAGCUUUGCCAGCUCCGAGUACCUGGAUGCCCUUCGCAGGGUCACCCCUGUUGUACAGCAGCACCAGGAGGCCAUGGUCCCUGGACAGCCCCAGCUCAAUGUGUGCAACCGGGCGGUCAUGGUGAGUACUUGCUGUGUGCAGUGCAGUCCCUGUGGGGGCCUCACAUGAGUGCUGUGGGGCCAG